AUGUCGUUUAAGGGUGUGUCGCUAAAAGUGGGUUUAGUGAAGCGUAAUAUUCUCCACUACCGGUAUCAGAUGCCGUCUACAGGGCUCCUGACCUACAUUCUGACAACCCUUUUUUUCCUACCAAAUUGUCAAUUGGCCGCAGCUAAACACAACAAUCACUUUAAUGAACACAAUCUAAAUGCUCAGCCGCCAGCGCGCAUCUUCUCCUACCUCAUCAAAGACGAAGCCGAACUCUUCCCGGGCCAACUGGCCUGCAAUCAGGGAGGACACAUGAGCAAGCUUGUGAGUGGGGAGAACAUCCUCUCCCAACUGUCCGACUACUUCCACUACCUGUCGCGGGCGGCUUCUGUUCGAGAAAGCGAAGGUCUGUGGACCUCACCCUACCUGGAUGCCUUUGGACUCGGCCUCGUAGUGACGCACGCGAUCCCUGCCAUCUCGAGGCGUGAGCAGAAGACCAUUGGUGUGGCGGGCGUCGACUUGACGAUGGAGGAGAUUGAGACUGUACUCACACGCUAUCAAUGGGGCGGUGUUACGUCGUUUUUGAUCGACCGCGAAGGCCAGACCAUCUACCAUCCGCUGCUCAAGGCCAGAACCACGCUGCUGGAGGACCCGAUCUUUGUGCCCAUCCAGCAGCUGGAGCAGGACAAGGAUGGCAACCCACGCGAAUUCUCAGAGCUGUUGGUUCAGAUGUCUAAAGGCGAGACAGGCCAGAUGCAUAUUCGCGAAGGUCGCCGCGGAACACCCAAGGGCGACUAUCAGGCGGGGGUGCGCUUUGACAUAAUGCCACUGUCCUACUACUUUGGGCCUCUUCACGACUCGAAUUAUACUAUCGUCUUCGUGCUCAGUGAGGCCGACAAGUAG